AGCAACGUAUAUGGCGGUUACCUGGAUCACGAGUUGUGCUGAUUUGCUAAACUGUCUCACCAGCCACCAAAGUCUCCACGUGCUGCUCCGUUUAAUUCGAAAUUUUUGUCCACCUACAUCCGCACAGAUUCUCUCACAAUUACAGUACAUUUUCAUUUACGGCUCUUUGCUGACACAGUUGUGUUCUUUUACCGUCUGCUGCGACAGGUCCUCUUACCGGGAAAGGGUUGUGCACGGUUUCGAUCGUUCCGACGGAGAAAAAAAUGGCAUCAUGCGGUCGUUCCCGAGGCAGAAGUGUCAGGAGUCUGCGGCAAGAAGUCCACAUCAACCUUACUGUUCUGCGCAACUGCAAAAGAUCGGCUACUGAAUACAUCGAAGACGCCAUGGUUAAGAAUACUGCAGCUCGAUCCUCCUUGGCGCAGGCGAGAGCUGAUGAUGAUGAGAUCGAGAAGGCUCUCUUUGCUCGCACUACGAACACGCUGCGCUUUCGUCCGGAGAUAGAGGAAUUCGUCAAGCAGACCGCAGCCGUUCAAAAGGAACACUUUAAUGAAAUGCGCGUAAAAGCCAACAACGAUUUCAUCGAGGCGAAAGCGGAGCUAACCAUGUGGGUUACCACGGUGACGACAGCGUACCGCAAUACGAUGGGCGCGGCUGACUCUCUGCGCGCUCUGGAUGUUCCGGCAGCCGAGGAUCUGCGCAUUCAGCUGCUGGCGAUGUAUCGCAGGUUCAUGGCACUUGCAGAGAAGGGCCGGAUUCGCCUGGUGAAACAACUCGGGUACGAUCUGCGGCACGUGCGUCUUGACGAGCUGUACAUUGAGCUGGUGAAAGUUAUCCAAGCUAAAAAGAGGGCAGACGCAGCAGCGAAUUCCAUCGAACACUGAAGAAAAUGCGUUACUGGAAUUAUCUCUUACGUACAAGUUUACAUUACCAGUUAUUUUAACUAUCAAUAUUAGCUGCCGGAUUCUCUAACGCUCGUAGAGGGCAGUUGUUGCGAUUAUGUAUUCUGUUCCCGCGAUUUCCGAUAGGUUUUCGCUGCAAAUUGCAAAAGUAGUGCCAUUUUGAUGUGCAUUUGAUUUUCCGUUUCACAUUUGGUUUUUUAAAUAGGGCGGUAUGAGUUCAGAGUUGCAUUCUUCGAUGAUUGCACGAUUCUGCUUUUUCUUCUAAUGUGCUCGUCUUAGGUUUUUUACAUGUGCAGAAUUUUUUUGACCAAUUUAGAUCUUCUCAUUUUACAAAAUACGAAGGAUUACUAUUACUGUUUCUUUAUAAAUAAAUAUGACUGAA